UUGGAUACACAGAGGGACAGCGACACAUUAUUUGCUGUUUGAUAAUCAACUUCUCUUUUUCUUUUGUCAGUGCACAGCAGUGAAACACAUGAGUGAAAAUAACCCUGAGCUGAGUGACAUGAUUCGAUCCCAAACUGCUGUUUCCACACGGAUGUUUUAACUGAGGGACAAUGGUCACGUGGGUCUGUGGAGGAAGUUUUACACGGAAGUUUUAUCAGAACUUUGUUUAGUUUGACGUUAUUUGUUUGUAAACAGUUGUUAUAAAUUAUCCGUGGGAGGAUUUCACUUCACGUAAACACAAACUCUUUUUCUCAUUGAAGUUUGAGCAAGAACAAGAGGUUUCUUUGAAAACGAUUUUUCAAGUUGUUUUUUUAAACGAUGGCAUGUGAAGGAAACGGGAUGUCCGAUGAGAGAAUAGGAGCAGCCCUAAUCAAAGAAGUCAUUGAGGAGGAGCUGAAGGAGAUUCCCUCAGAGGAUGUUCCGCCCCUUACCCCACUGACUGUGCAAGUAAAGACUGAGCAGGAACGCAAGAUGGUGACCCAACUGGGCAUAAUGAUCCGCAUUAUCGGCGACAAAGUGCGAGAUGAUAAGGAGUUCCAAGAUGCAAUAGACGGAGUGGCACAAGGCAGUGACUCUAAAUGGGACCGCUUUAAGGAAGUGGCAGACAAAGUGUUUGAGCAUGGGAUCACCUGGGAGAGGAUCGCUGUGCUCUUCUAUGUGGCUGGAAAACUGGCUAUGGUGGAAGCUCAUCUGCCUCAAUCCGUGAGGGAGAUCCUGAUGUGGACUGUGGACUUUUUCAAAAAUAAUCUCCUGGGCUGGAUUCGGGAACACGGUGGAUGGAUCAACAGUUUCUCAGAGCUGGCAGUGGUGUCCAUGCACAGCGUGUCCUCCAUGAACUCCCACACAGGAGGCCUGUUCGUCAUCUUCAUUGCCGGCCUGGUCCUUGGAAGCUUCAUCACCUGGAGACUGACCAGAUGACUCUUGAGACACACACACACACACACACAGAGGGGGAGAGAAGAGAAUUAUUUCUACCUACUUUUCUACUUUUCUACAAUAGUCUAUGCAUGACAUUGAACACUUGAAGAAGACAACAGUCAUAUCCUCAUCAAAUACGUACUGUAACCCUCCUGCUCACACAGCCCAUGAAGGCUUACUAUUUAUCUGUCUGUCAUGAAGCUUUGAAAGAAAGCAUGCAUGGUUUCAUGAUGUGUGGCUUCAGCAGUGGAUUAUCGUCUUCUAGUCACAUGUUUUUGGUGUUUUUAAUUUAAGAUCCCCUUUUGUUAGAAAUAUGUAAAUAGAAAUGACUAAGUCCACCCCUUUUAUUUUUUUGGUAUACAUUAGUUUUUUUACAUUUUAUUUGCAUAUUUAUAGCUUUUGUUCAUUCAUAACAAAAAAAAGAAAUCUUCAAAACAAUCUGUUAUGAUUAUAAUGGUUUGAACAUGUGUAAACUGUGAAACAGCAUGUGUUUACAAAUGUCAGAAAUGUGGUUUGAUCAAAGGAAACAACAAACACGUCUACUUAUAAAAAGUCAAGAAGUCAUUAGUUUAAAAAAAGACGAAUUUGCUACAUAAACCCAUUAAAGUGGCUUUUAACUAACUAAAUAAUUAUAUGGUUCUCCCUGAUAUAAAAACGAGACUAAUAUAUCAGUUUGACCAGCCGGAACACAAUGAGCAUGCACUUGCAACGGUUGAGAGAAAGAAAAGUCCCUUUUAACAGAAGAAGAAAUCUCUGAUGAAACCAGACUCUGAGUGUACGAAACAAUUGCCUCGACCGGCUGGGUUAGAAGAAAGGAGGCAGGGUUAGUGAAGUACAGAUGGGUUGUCUUAAAAGUGCUUUAUGAACAAAGUUGGAUUGGAUUGAUUACCAUCAUGCACUCCUUUCUGCUUCAAAGCUUGGAUCGUCUGACCAGUCUUUGUCAGAUUGUUUGACAUCUAACCGGUAACUCUCGUCAAGUCUGUCCUUCGCUGCAGCGUUUUCUUCCGAGGAUCACCAGCUGUGCCUGUUCAGCCUGCCACACACAGUAAUCUUUUCUCUCAUGUUUGUCUCACCAGUGAGAUAAAACUGCUUGGAGAAGAGCUUCACAAAGCUCAAACUUCAAAGCUUCACUAUCAAAUUCAGAAAAGUUAAAGUCUUAUGAAUUCAUCUUCCAUCCUGACCAUGUUCUGCUUGUUUCUUUUUGGGAAUAUUUACGUAGUUAAUUGUACAGUCGGCUGUUCAUACAAAUCAAAAUCAUGCAUGAUACAUGA